AUGGCAACGAGACUGCUGCUGCCUUGGAUCUGGCUGGCGCUCCUAUUCGGUGAGUUUGGUGCUAAUUGGUAACCUGCAGGUUGGCCCUAGAAGCGAGACACUACUUGCACAUUUGUCACUGUGGGGCAAAUGCAGAUGCUGACAGAACAGGCACUUGCUCACAGCCUAGCAAAACUUUCCUUGACCCAGAAUUCCAGGUUGCAUCUAUGGCUAUCUGGCACCCAGCCCAAUGUAUCGUUGGCUGAGUUAACACAUGCCCAGUCCCUACCAUUGUGUGGAACCUAUGGCCGAUGUUGUCGGACUCCAUCUCCCAUCAUCCCCAGCCAUAGAUAAUGGUCAGCGAUGAUGGGAUCUGGAGUCCACCCACAUCUGGAGGGCACUGAUUCUGAAUGUCUAAAGUCAAAGAUUUACAAAAUGCAACUUAGAAAAGGCGAGCCUGUCUCAGCUCAGCUAACACUCUGCUAACAACCUAAAAUCUUAAUAUAUGAACAAAGGAGCAGUUAUUCUUUCUCUCCAUUCUCUCCACACUGUUCAGACCUCAGACACUGAAGCCUUUAUUCAUAGAUUCAGCUGCUAUUCUCUGUGACUGCACCCCAGUCUACGGUAGCACCUUCCCCAGAGAGUCCCACCUGGCCCCUGCCUUGUAUUCUUUCCAGAGCCAGCAGCACCUUCAUCUUUCUAAAAUUUCAUCUGGCUUUUAAUGACUUUGGGGCUUGAAAAGUUUUGAUGGCAUGUUUGUAUUUAACCCUAUUGCUUACAUACCCUAUUUGCUGUGUUGCACCUUAUGUUGUUGUGUAUUUAAUCAUCGUAUUUUAAACUAUUAUUUGGUAAGGUACCUAGAGAACUUUUGUUACGGGGUAGCUGAGAAAUACCUUUGAUUCAUUAAUUCAAAGUUUUAUUUAUUCUUUUCCUUUUUUUUGAAAAAAAAAUACAUGAUCUGUUCAUAUAGUACAUAAGUCAAAUUUGCCGAUAUAGCUAGGGUAGGGGUAGGGGCUGUACUGUUGCUCAUUCACCCUAACAGAUCCCCCACCCCCUCACCAAUUCCAUUCCUUAACACCUGGUCAAACUCCCUUUCCUUUACACCCAGCCAUUCCCAUUCCUCCUCCCUAUACACCUUAUCAAGCCCUUCUCCUCCUGCUUUUACAACUCCACCACCUUGCUAACUCUGCACUCUCACUGACCUUGCUACUGCCCCUUACAGCUUGCCCAGACACAGUGCCUUCUUCCACUCAGAGCUCACCUGAACUAUGUCCCCUCCCAUUCGACAUCCCACCCAGCUGCCAGGGCCAUUUCAUACUUAACUGCCGAGGGUGAGGACAAGGGAAGCCAUGGGCAGCAGUGGAAGAGCAGGACUGUUGCUUGUGAGCUGCCUGCCCAGCCCUGCCUGUUCCUCAGUGCCUCACCCGGGACACAUGCCCACAUCCAUUUCCCUCCUCCUUGGCUUCUGAAGCUGCUGAGGCUGAAGUGGGCAAGACAGUCACAGGGAGCUGUCUCAGUCUGUCCUCAUUGUUCCUCGGCAGUUUUGCCUGGACUGCCUGCUCUGCCUCCAUCUCUGUUUGCUUGGGCUCCCCACUGUCAGCUUCAGCCAUGCACACACGCAGCCAUCUUCCUAGGCCACCCACUCAUUCACUUGGACCACCUGCAUUCCUGCAUCUGCACUCCAACACUCUUGUUCUGUUCAGUGGUGGAGCUUCAAGCUCUGGCAGGGAGGGGGAGGGUCUGAGAGCAGGUGGGGGCAUGGCUGGCAUGCAUCCCGGGGGUGUGGUGCACGUCCCGGGGUCAUGGCGCCCAGUGUGGGGGGCCCCCCAGCUGCGAUAGCACCCUACCAGGAUUGUGCCGCCGGGAGAGGUGCGCUUCCCCCGCACCCCUGUUCCUCCGCCAGUGGUUCUGUUAUCAUGCUGCAAAAUGCUGAUCAGUAAUUGUGAGGGAAUGGGAAAGGAAGGUGUGGCAUGUAGAUGACCAUAUCUUGGUUCAAUACUUCUAGGAGGAGUUGAACAAAGAGAGAAAAAAAUUACCAGGUGCUCUUUCAACUGUGUUUGCUUGGAACAACAGUGUUUGCUUGGAGCAUGCACACGAAAGCUAAUACCAAUAACAAACUUAGUUGGUCUCUAAGGUGCUACUGGAAGGAAUUUUUUUAUUUUGUUUCGACUAUGGCAGACCAACACAGCUACCAACCUCUAACUGCUUGGAACAUGACAGCCUGGGUAACAGAGUCUCACUAGAAGCCUCUCCAGGCUACAAUCAAAACUUCCUUCUGGGAUGCAGGCUAUCAUAGGAAAAGCUGGAUAUUUUUAAGGGAGGGUUCAUAAUGUAUUAACAGAUGAAUAAUCAUUUGUUCCUCAGAGACCACUUCCUUAAUACAACCAAACAGGAAUAUUAAUAGGUUCCUUUGAGUAAUCAUUUUCUUACUGCUGUAAGAUAAACUAAUCAGAUCAUUAUACAAAAACUCUAACCAUUGCCACAUCAAGAGAUUAAAGCCCAGCACUGAGAUACUUGCAGUUGACUAAUUAUCCAUUCCUUCUGCCUUGCAGGGUAUUGUGGAGCAAGUUCCCGAGGGACGGAAUUUAUCACAGGCUUCCUGGAGAACUCAUUCAAAAGUCAGGGCACUCCUAAACUUGAUCUGCUUAUCACUGGAUAUCAUCCUGCAACCACCAUCACAGUCACAGUGAACAAAUCUACAUUUCGGAAAACGGUUUCUGUCAAUGAGAAGGAGACCGUGUCAGUUGUGGUCCCAGCCUCCUCAGAGAUGAAGGGGACCGACAUUUUUGAUCAGACUGUGCGGAUCCAAGCUGACAAAGAUAUAUCAGUGUUUUCUUACAACGACAAGCUUUCCACAAGUGCUGCCACAGUUGUGUACCCAGUUCAGCAGCUGGGCACAUUAUAUUAUGUGGUAACACCAGUGGGGGAUGCGGCAAGCACUUUCAAGGAAUUUGCAGUUGUAGCCUAUCAGUUUCCCACUCAAGUCACUAUUCACCUGAAAGGGGCUGUGACAUUCCAAGGGAAGGUUUAUGCUGCAGGGAGCAGGCUUGUUGUUGACCUGAAAGCUUUCCAAGCAAUCCAGCUGCAAAGCUCAGCUGAUUUGUCUGGCACCAAGGUUGAAUCAGUUGCGCCCGUGGCUGUUUUGAGUGGGCACAGCUGUGUCAAGCAGUUCUCAUAUUGCGACCAUGUUGCUGAGCAGCUCUUGCCUGUUUCCAGCUGGGGCACCACCUUCAUAGUUCCCCCAGUGCCCUUCCAAACUCAGACUGACAUUGUGUAUGUCGUCGCUUCCCAAGAUAACACGUUGAUCCAGUACCAGUCUGGGGCCACUCCAAGCUCCCGCCGCGCGGUGGCUGGGGAAGUCAUCCAGUUUCAAAUGCAGCCAUCUCAGUCCUAUUUCUUCUCUGCCAAUGCAGGAAUCCAGGUCCUUUUCUUCUUUGCUGGUAACAGCAAGAAAUACGACCCUUUCCUCAUCAAUGUUCCUGCUUUAAAAAGCUAUUGCACAUCAUAUCACAUUGAUGGGAUUAAGGCGUUUGAUAAUUUUGCUGUCAUUGUAGCAAAAACCUUAGAUUCAAAUGGGAUCACAUUAGAGAAGAGAGCCAUUACAAAUGCCAAGUGGACACGCAUCCCUGGAACAGAGUAUUCUUUCAGUCAACUUAGCUUGGGCAAAGAAGCCAGUGCCCUCUCUGUAGAGCAUCCCAGCGCUCCUUUUGGGCUCUUCAUCCUUGGAGGUGUACAUGCUGAUGGCUAUGGCUCUGUGGCCCUUUGCUCUUGCAGUAAGUAUCUGAAUCUGUGCAUAUACUUUAGGUUUUUAUGCUACAAAUGAGGGUUUUGAAUAAAUAAUUAAAGUUGGCUACAUCCUAUUGAGUACCCAGUAGUUUUUUCAUCUUUUUGAUUUCCAGCACUGGAUGCUGUGUUUUAACAUUACUGUGUGCUCAUUUGUAGAUUGUCAAAGAAAGUGACCCCUUAUGGGUGAUAACUGGAGGACCACAGUAGAUCAAAAUGGACAUGGGAAUGGAACUUUAGCUGCCACUAUUUUAGGGUCUAAAAUCAUCUCCUAGUUUUCACUAUUCCAUUCUGCCUGGAAUACUUAUCAUAAUAUAGGUUAAAGAACUGUAAAACGGUCUGAUUUGAUGAAUUUUUACUUUUUGUACCAAGUUCGGAAAAUCUUAUGGAGACCCAAGUUUUCCAUUUUCCAGAGGGAAGGGAACAUGACAUGAGAACUACAAAGUUCUAGACUGCAGUAACAGUCUGAUUGGUUCAAAUCAGUAUGUGAAGUUCAGCUUCCCACCAUCUUGAUUGCCUUAUUCCCUGCGGAAUGUCCAUGAGGCAACCAGAUUAAGUGGCUAUUCAGAAGCCUGUUUGUUUUUCUUGCCUUGUUUUGUCUAUCUGCCACAUCCUCCACUAGUUACUAACAAUGCUUGCUUUUGCAAUGACACUACCAUUGUUCCAUUCCAGACAAACCAGUGUCUCCAUGCAGCUUGAUCCAGUGCAGAAAGAAGGAGAAGUGUGAAAUCAUAGGAGGUGAUCCAGUGUGUGUGCCAGAGUCUGAAUCCAGCUGUUGGGCCCAGGGAGAUCCUCAUUAUCACACCUUCGAUGGGAAGAAUUUUGACUUCAUGGGCACCUGUACCUACACUAUUGCCAAGACUUGCGGCUCAGAUGCCACUCUUCCUUCCUUCAGUGUUGAAGCCAAGAAUGAGAACAGGGGAAAUACUCGUGUUUCGUAUGUUGGCUCUGUGACAGUCACAGUCUAUAACACCAUCAUCAAGGUGGUCAGAAAUGAGCAAGGCUUUGUGAGGGUGAGAAAGAAAGAUGACCAUAUUUCUAUUUCUCUCUGGCUUAAAAAAAGCAACCUAUUUUUCCCCAAGAGUACAUCACAAUCUACUCUGCUUGCUUCUUGUCUUGCUUGCAUGCUGUAAUGUAGGCAUGUGAAACAGAAGUUUCCCUGCCCCCCGCUUGCUAACGUGGACUGAUCUCUGGCCACCACCCCUGCUCCCUCCUCCUGCCCUUCCCCCUGCCAGUCUGUACCCCACUUAUUUAAUGUUUGAGGAGGAGCUGUUUUCAUUUUAUGCCAUACCGACUUUGCGGUUGGCUGUAUCCGCUUGCCAUUGGGCACUGGGAACGAUAGCACUGCCCAAAUAGCUGAGGCUUUGGGUGCUUCUCACCAUUUUUAAUUUAAACGAGUUCUCCCUAAAUACGACUGGCAGUGAGAAUUUUUUUUUUUUUUAAAGGAGUUUCGGUAUUACUGUUUGUGAAAAACUUCAAAGGUAUUUUAAAAGAAAGCAAGAGAAGUUUUGAUGAGAUUUAUCAAAACUCUUCAGGAAGAUAAGAACAUAGAAAGCUGCUUUAUGCUACAGACUGGCUGUGGGUCUCAAGGAUUUCAGGCAGGAAGCUUUCACAGCCCUUACUGGAGCUGCCAGAGAUUAAACCUGGAACCUUUUGCAAAGCGUGUGCUCUGCUACUGAGAUGCACUCCAUGUGCUGCAAAACAUAUGGUCCAUCAUUGAAGUAUGGACUCUGCAAAUUCUGCACAUUCCUGUUGAAUCAAUCUACCUUUAUUAUUGCAUGUGUGUGUUGGUCUUUUUACAAUCAUCAUUUUAUGCCCAUCUUGUUGAGUAGAAUAAAUAACAAAAAGAGUCGGUUGUAUCGAAGUUUUAGUCUGAGUAGACCCAAUGUAUGUGCAUUAAUUUCAACAGGUCUACUCUGAGUCUGACUGACAUUGAAUACAAUCCACUGUGUUGUUCCACUGUUGGUUGAAUCUGAUUUCUCUCUUCAGGUGAAUGACCAGCGUUUCCGCCUGCCCAUCUCCCUGAAUGAAGGGAAACUCCGUCUCUACCAGAGUGGGGGCUCUGUCUUCAUUGAGACAGAUUUCUCUCUGAAGGUUUCCUACGACUGGAACUUUUACCUGGUGGUGAAGAUCUCCAGCAGCUUUUCUGAAAAUGUUUGCGGUCUUUGUGGCAACUACAAUGGAGACCCCGCUGAUGACUUCAGCACCCCCGAUGGGGCCUUGGCUCCCAACCCCAUUGAGUUUGGAAAGAGCUGGAAGGUGGACGAUGGCGACAGGUUCUGCUGGGAUGACUGCCAUGGGGAAUGCAAAAGCUGCUCCCCAGAGAUGGUCAAGAAGUAUGAAGGCGAGCCAUUCUGCGGCUGGCUCAGCAAAGGAAAGGAUGGCCCAUUCAGCAAGUGUCAUGCUGUGAUUGACCCCAACCCUUUUCUGGAAAACUGUGUCUAUGACCUCUGCAUGAAUGAUGGGCUGAAGGAGCUUCUUUGUGAGGCACUGAAUAACUAUGCAGUAGCUUGUCGGGAAAAGCAAGUUCCUGUCUUGGACUGGAGAACCCCCAUUGGUUGCUGUGAGUGUCAGAAUCCCCCUUCUUGUAAUUUGAAGCCAUUGGUUCGAGUCCUAUCUUCUGGAGCAGGAGAAAACAAGCUUGCUAUAUCUUCCAUGUGACAGCUCUUGAGAUAUUUGAAGAUGUCUAUGAUACCUUCUUUCAGUCUCCUCUUUUCCAGGUUGAACAUACCCAGCUCCUUCAACCGUUCCUCAUAAAGCUUGGUUUCCAGACCCAGAAUAGACUGGGUCUCAUAUAUAUAUGCCAAAGGCCAGGGUAAAGAAAGGAGUCUCUAGCAUAUGAUGAAAGCUAUACAGUGGUACCUCAGGUUAAGAACUUAAUUCGUUCUGGAUGUCCGUUCUUAACCUGAAACUGUUCUUAACCUGAAGCACCACUUUAGCUAAUGGGGCCUCCCGCUGCCAUGUGAUUUCUGUUCUCAUCCUGAAGCAAAGUUCUUAACCCGAGGUACUAUUUCUGGGUUAGCGGAGUCUGUAACCUGAAGCGUCUGUAACCUGAAAAGUCUGUAACCCGAGGUACCACUGUACAAUGAAAUUGCCAGAUGUUCCUCUAUGGGAAGGGAAUGCCAGAGUUUGGCAGCUGCCACAGAGAAUGGCCACUCCAGGCCACCACAACCCCAGACUUCCAAGGGUAGCGGAACUACCAAGAGGGCUCACUCUGCAAACCUUAGUUUAAUGUUACAUCUGUACUGAAUACAUCUUCCUGGCAGCUUAGGGUGGUGCAUCCAUUUGAUUCGCACAAUACUCUGAGAGGCAGGCUAGGCUAAGGGCAUCUUGGUCAUUGCUGUUGUUGUUAAUUAAAUUUAUAUACCACCCUAUACCCAUAGGUCUCAGGAUAAAAUCAAAAUAUAAAAACCACAUACAUAAUCAAAAUAAAAACAUGGUUCAGUACACUUUCCCUCGUCCCACAUUAGCAAAAUAGUCUCAGAUUCCCUGUGUCUUCUAAUCGUGCCUUGUUGACAAUCGUCUUGUCUCUUUUGACAGCCAAAUCCUGUCCCGAGAACAGCCAUUAUGAGGCCUGUGGAUCUCCUUGCCCUGCAACCUGCAACAACCAAGCUGAGCCCCAAGACUGUUCCUCAAUGCCCUGCGUAGAGACUUGUCAAUGUAAUGAGGGCUUUGUGUUGGAUGCUGGGAAAUGCAUCUCCAAGGCUACCUGUGGGUGCGUGUUUGAGGGGAAGUCCUUCUCACCCGGUGAGCAGUUCUGGGGAGACAAGACGUGCACGAGACGCUGCAUCUGUGAUGCACAGAGCAAGCAAAUAAAAUGCCAGUCCGCCAGCUGCAAGAAUGGGGAGCAGUGCAAGGUAGAGAAGGGCAUCCAGAACUGCUACCCCACCAGCCGCGCCACCUGCUCUGCUUCAGGUGACCCUCACUAUCUUUCAUUCGACGGACUGGCCUUUGAUUUCCAAGGCACCUGCACUUAUACCUUGGCUAAGGUCAGCACAAACAACCGGGUCUUGAGAGCCUUUACUGUCAACGUGGAAAACGAGCCCUGGGGAAAUAGGAAAGUUGCUGUUACCAAGAUGGUCUCAGUCACUGUCUAUGGCAUUACACUCACAUUACUGCAGAGCAAGCAAGGUCAAGUGAAGGUGAGUCCAUGCGGAAAGAAGAGGCAAAUCAUUAGAUCUUUAGCCAUUCAUCUUUUUUUUUUUACAUUAAGACAUUGUCUUGGCUCAUUCAUUCAAUUAAGGAUGAACAAGUCCAUCAGCUUCUUUCUAUCAUAUUUCCUGUCCUAAGUCCAGUUCUCCACAUUUCUGUAUCAGCCGGCAUUUCUCCCAAGAAUUAUGAUGAAAACUUGUUAGCAUUUUAUUGCAAAUGUCUCCUAAUAUAGGGGGUUUUUUUGUCCCCCAGCUGCCAAUCCUUGGAGUAUAAGUUUGCAACAUAAGAAACAACCCUUAGGCCAAUCCUACUCAACCAGUGAAUGUUCUGUUUUCUUCUUCCAGGUGAAUGGCUUGAUCUACACCGUCCCUAUAUCCUUUUCUGCUGGGCGGAUCAGAGCCUAUCAACAUGGCACAAAAGUCCUGAUAGAAACUGACUUUGGUCUCAUUGUGAGUUACGACCUGGUUUACCACGUGACGGUCACCGUCCCAAGCACUUACCGGGGCCAGAUGCAAGGCCUCUGUGGGAACUACAAUGGGAAGAAGGAUGAUGACUUCCUGCUACCCAAUGGCAUAAUAACCUCUGACAUAGCUAAAUUUGGUGCUUCCUGGAAGGUCCGGGUCUCUGGGGCAGAUAGAUCUUGCUCAGAUGGAUGCUCUGGGAACAGCUGCCCGGUCUGCGAGGAAAGGAAGAAGGACGUUUUCAAACAGCGCAACUACUGUGGGAUCCUCACUGCGCCUGAUGGCCCCUUCAGUGCUUGCCACGGAAAGGUGGAUCCCGGUGUGUACUUCAGCAACUGCAUCUACGAUGUAUGCCUGGGCAACGGGGACAGCCAGGUCUUGUGCAACAGCAUCCAGAGCUACCUUUCUGUCUGCCAAGAGGCUGGGGUCUCUGUCAAGCCCUGGAGGAGCCCUUCCUUCUGUCGUAAGUACUGGGGACUUCAGUACUUCAGGGGGAGAAGAGAAAUGGGAGCAGAAACUGAACUGACCCCCUGUCACUUUGGCACACAUCUAGAGUUGUGUGUUUAUUUGAAAGGCUCUAACUGUCUCAAGCUGUGCAGAGACUGAACUCACACUUAGAUGCUCUAUGACCUUUCCAAUUGGGUGUCACCACCCUCUUGACUAUAUGCUCCGCAACCUACUGAUGAGCUCAAAUCACAGAGGUAUAUAGAAAAUUGUUUUCAAUGAGUUCCUGCCAGAACCAGCAGUGUAAGUUGGUAGGGUGGGGACCUUGUUCAGCACAAGGGUUGUGAUCCCUUCUUGGCAACCUUCUGGGGCCAUAGACAGGGCCAUAUUUGGACCUGGUCCCGAGGUUCACCAUCCUUGAACCAAGGUCUGCUGGAAAGCAGGAAAUCAAGCAGAUAUGCAAGGACAGUUACUCUGAGAGCUCAGUCUGUUUCUGAGUGAUGAAAAGCAGUCAAAGGAGCCUGAGCAGAGUCAGCAGCCUUGUAGACCAAUUGGUACCUAGCAAGACACUUCUCAGAAUACACAGCAAACAAACAAAGGAAGUUGCUUUGUGCCAGAAGGCACAUAGGUGGUCCCUGCCUCUCCCCCGGCUGUUGGUGAGAAGGACAAGGGCCAGAGGUGUAAGAGAGAGAGAAAGCAAGCUGCAGGCAGAAGCUGGAGAAAGAGAGGCACACUUGAUUUCUGCUUGAAUCCAGGACUGUGGCUCUGGAAUAAGUAAGAAUUUUGGGGAUGUUAAUGCUGCGAGCCCCAUCAUAGGCUAGGGUACAGUCGUACCUUGGUUGCUGAAUGCCUUGGAACUCAUACGUUUUGGCUCCUGAACGAUCAAAAACUGGAAGUGAGUGUUCCAGUUUUCAAACAAUUUUCGGAAGCCGAACAUCUGACGUGGCUUUCGCAGCUGUUCCUGCAGCCAAUUGGGAGCCAUGUCUUGGUUUAUGAACAGUUCCAGAAGUCAAAUGGACUCCUGGAACACAUUCUUUUUGAGAACCAAGGUACGACUGUAUGUGCAAAUAAACCAUAUAUCAUAAACACAUCACAGUCACUGCUGACCCUCAUUCCAGGGAAAUCAAACCCUGGGUAAACUCCUGGAACCCCUGGAAUCUCACAUUGCUCAGAGAUUGGGUUUGUCCCACUGCUCAAAUUGCUUUUACAAGAUCUCAGAAGCAUUUUACUACCCUCAUUGCUUCCUCUCCCUUUGAAAACCUAAGCAUUUUUUAUAUUUAAAAAACCCCUCCAUUGUCUUGAAUGGGCAAGUUUUCAAUGGCUGGAGCAACAAUAUAUGAGAUAAGUGAAAAAAUGAUCAAAACAGUGGGGUUAAGGAACAUAAAUUCAUUCUAGCAUCAGCUUUCUGUUUUGGUUUUUUUGCAAAAACAGCUGUCAAAGACAUUUUCUGCUCUUUACCAGUCACUCUCUCUGCAUUUCACUUGCCAGCUUCCCAGCCAUCCCAAAUAGUACCAGGGAGCCUUUCAUCUAACAUGGAUGUUUUUUCUUUCUUUCCUCCUUUAGCUCUGCGCUGCCCAGCCAACAGUCACUAUGAGAUUUGCAGCAACCUCUGCUCCACCUCCUGUACCAAGAUCACUGACUCUGUGGCCUGCCCAGAGACCUGUGCUGAGGGUUGCCAAUGUAAUGAUGGCUUCUUCUUCAAUGGCCUUGGCUGUGUCGCUGCAAAAGACUGUGGGUGCUUAAAGAAUGGACGCUACUACAAGGUAGCUGAUCUUCUGAACUUUUUUUUUUUUCAAAGCAUGCUUUCCCAGUUUCACAUUCUUUGAACCCCAGAUUACAAACUGUUGUGAUCAUCUCCAGAAUUUCUCAGGUCAUGAAAUGUUUUAAUGGCUUUCUUUUGAAAUAUGGAAUAAAUAAAAUGAACUGUCAUUGGUAGGAGGAGGUGCAUCAGAUGGCAGAAUUGUGCGACUUAAGUGUAAUGAUAGGACAGAUCUACUAACAGCUUGUUUAUGCAGUCGACUUAAUGUGAUUUUACUUACUCCUUUGCACAGAUCACCGAAAAAUAAAUAGAAAGGGGUGGGAUAACCUGUCUUACUGGGCACUGGAGGCUAUCGUGAGAUCUUGCAGGAGCCUCAAGAAUGCUCAUGUGACCAUCUCAGAACCCAGUAAGCAAGGCAGGAAAACUCUUCAAAGAAAGAGCUUUUAAUCCUUCUGCUUUGUUUACCAGGCUCUGAGACAUACAAGGCCCCUGGAAGGCUCCCACAAGAUAUCACUGGCCAUCCAAGAACCUGUGAGAUCUUGGGGGCAAUUCCAGGGGUCACAUUGACUUUGUGUGAUUUUGCCUUUACAUGCAACCCCAAGGAACAUAAACCCAACAUAAGCUGAGAGUCACCUGUAUAUGCAUGCAAAUCAUUUGACCUGGCUGCUUGCUGUGGAAUGGGCAAAUUAUCUCAACUGAAAGGCUUGAGGAGUUGUGUCAUUGGGAGCUGAGAUGGAAAAACAACAACACCGUGGUGCGCAGUUGGUGGUGAUUCAUUCAUGCACCCAUUUCCCCAUUUUUGCUUAACAGCCCUUUCUGUUAAAAGGAAUCUCGCUCCUCCUCCAAUGCUCAGUCCCUUCCCAUUCAAGCUAUACCUCAGAAAAGCACUGAAGGGAUUACUGUUACUGCUCUAUUUUAUUGUUUCCCAAAUCUCCCAACAGCCCAAUGAGAAGGUUCUGCUCAACGUGUGCCAGGAGAGCUGCCGUUGCAUCCCAGGCCAGGGAGUAAUUUGUGAGGCCCACAACUGUGCUGCCGAUGAGAACUGCAAGGUCGAAGAUGGAAUCAUGAGCUGCAUUAAUAAGGGUAAGGAGAGAGUCAAUCAAGCGAAGGGUGGGGACCCUGUGGCCCUUCAAAUGUUGCUGGACUACAAUUCUUGGUCUUGGCACAGAUAACCUGGGAAAUUAUAGCACCUUCUGUGAGGAAUGUAGUAUGUGAGUCUAUAAAUAAUGGGCAAGGUAUGUUUUCUAAAGCACUAGGGCAGCAUUCUCUUCUGGGCAAACUUCUGGAGCCACAUGCCACCUCUGGGUGGUUCAAGAGGCAGAAGUAGCCAGAGCUACAAUUGUACGUUUUUCCUUUGUACAGCAGGCAGAUUUUGCACAAACUUACCUGCACUUCUCUGUCUUCCAUUCCAACAAGCAAGAAGCAAUAUCAAAGAUCAGGGGCACAUUCCAACCUAAUAAAUAUGAGACAGGGUUGUGUGUUGCUUCCCCCACUGUACAUCGGGGAGGGCUGUGUGGAGAGAGUCUCUUCCUUUAAAUUCCUAGGAGUUUAUCUCAGUGAAGACCUUACUUGGAAAAUAAGUACAACCCAGGUGGUUAAGAAAGCCUAACAGAGACUCCAUCUCCUCAGAAAUUUGUGGAAGAACGAUGUCAAUCAACAUUUGAUGAUCUCCUUCUACUGGUCAACAAUAGAAAGUGUCCUUUCAUAUUGCAUCACAGUGUGGUACGCUGGUUUGACAUCAUCUGAUAGGAAGCGCCUGCAGAGGGUGGUGAAUACAGCACAAGAUAUUAUGGGCUGUCUCGUGAAUCCGCUGGAUGAAAUAGCGGAAGAACGUUGCCUCAGGAGAGUAAGGAAAAUUCUCAGGGAUGAUUCACACCCUGGCUGGCACUUUCUUGAUCUCCUGCCCUCAGGCACAAGAUACAGAAGCCUGAUUAGUCGCACCAACAGGGUAAAGAACAGCUUCUAUCGGUGGGCUGUUAGGCUGCUGAAUGAAAAGAUAACAACAGGGCAACUGACUUUCGGGUUUGGUGGGUGUGCGUCAGUAAAUGAGGGGAAUUAAGACUAAGAGAGCUGAGUGGGGGGUGCUCGUGUAAUCUCACUGUAUACAAGUUGUACAAGUGACAAUAAAGUAUUUCAAUUAUGUUACCCUCCAGAUCUUCUUGCUCCUAUCACUUUUGACCAUGCAGGCUGAGGCUGAUGCGAAUUGGACUCCAACAACUUCUAGAGGGCACCAUGUUGCCUACCUUUUGCUAAUGGAGAAAACUUCCCUCCACCUCUGCACCUUUAGUUUUUUACUGAAUGACUUCUAGCUCUUGCUCACGUUUCCUGCCUUUCAUUUUAGAUCCAUGCAAAGCCCUGAAGUGCCGAGAAAAGGAGACAUGCAAGAUGGAGAAUGGCCAAGCCAUAUGCAAACCACAGUUCACAGGAACCUGCUGGGCCUGGGGGGACCCACACUAUCACACCUUUGACACCUUGAAGUUUGAUUUCAUGGGCACCUGCUCUUACACUAUUGCCAAGUACUGUGGGAACGAUGCUACGCUGGUGCCUUUCACUAUCGAUGAGAAGAAUGACAACAGGGGCAACCAGGCUGUGUCCUAUGUGCGUCUGACCAACAUCUAUGUCUAUGGGUACAAGAUCUCCAUCCACAAACAGGAAACUGGAAGAAUCCGGGUAUGUUAGAUUGCCAGGGGAUGGGAUAACCUCCAUGAAUGUACUGGAAUUCAUUCCAAUAUAUAGCCACUUUGAGAGUCCAAUAUUAGUCUAAGGUAGCAUGAAAGAAAUAGCUAUAUCAGGAGGAAGAAGAAAUACUAGUGCUUGCAGGUCACUCUCAAGAAAUUAUUGAACCUCUAUACCACUCCGAAUGAUGGAGGUUAUUGACCUUCAUGCCACUUCGCAUGAUUAAAAGACCCUCAUUAUUCAGACAUCCGAUCUCUUUCUCCUUUGUGGCUGGCAGAAUAUAGGGAACUGGGGAAUGUGAUGUGAUGAAGCUGCAAUCCUAUCUGGCAUAAUAUUGAUUUUCAAAUCUGUUCACAAGAAACCGUAGCAGGAUCUAAUGAUCUUGAUUCUUCAGCAUGGCAAAUGUGUGCUCUAGAUCUACCCAAAAAGGAUCCAAUGAGGAGCUUGUUUUGUGAUGUUUGCGUUUAAAAAAGAUUCUGUAAAUACUGCAAGUUGGCAACCGAAUGGUGUACAGCUAAACACAAUCUGGGUCCCUUUCUUGGGCUCAUGGUUUGAAACCAGAGUAUGAGCAGCUGCUAGUGCAACUGGAUUUGGCUUGGUUACGCCUUAUAGCUGACUUUGACCCUCCUAUGUGACUGCACUGCCCAAACAGAAGUGAUCACUUGGGCCACCUAAGCCCAACAGACUUGUCUACGCUGCCAACUAAUAUUCCCAAGGACCACUAAAAAACUUAACCUAUCUAAAAUGAUGCUUGCUCAUGUGAAACAGUACCAUGGACAGAGGUAGGUGGUGAAAGUGUAAAUUCCUUGAGAACACCUGCAGUAAUAGUUUAGGGAAGGGGCUGGGAAUGGUUUACAACUUCUGUCACCCUUGACCAUUGACCAUGCUGGCUAGCACUAAUGGGGAUUGUAGUCCAACAACAAAUGGAUGGCCCAUAGAUUCCCUGUCACUGGGUUUGUGGCCAUGGCUAAAAUCCCUGCUGAUUCCCCAGCCUUUGUCUAAAGAAUUCAUUGAAGCUUACUCCCUUGUAAGUGGGGUUAGAAUUUCAGCCUAAGGCUAGGAUCAGCUUGUUUAUUCCUCUUUCUUAGACACAUGGCUGCAUGGAAACAAAGGAAAAAUAAAACAAUAAUUCCUAUGUGUGUGUUGACAUUCUGUCUCUAGCUAAAUGAUGCUAUUACCAGCCUGCCACUGACUCUUGAAGAUGGCAAGAUCAAGCUGUACCAGAGCGGCACCAAUGCUGUCCUGCAAACAGAUUUCGGCCUCCAAGUGACGUACGACUGGCAAUGGCACCUGGUGAUCACUCUCCCCAGUAGCUACUAUGGAGCCACAUGCGGGCUGUGUGGAAACUUCAACCAAAACCCUGCAGACGACAUGGUCUUUCUCAAUGGCACUAAAGCUGCCUCCAUCAUAAGCUGGGCCAGCAGCUGGAAAGUCAAGGACCGGGACCCCUUUUGCUGGGAUUACUGCCGAGGGAAUUGCCCAACAUGUGAUGAGAGCAAGAGGGCGCUGUAUGGAAAGGAAGAGUAUUGUGGGCUGAUCAGCAAAACCUCGGGGGGCCCCUUCAGAGAAUGCCAUUCCACAGUGAAUCCAGAUGACUUCUUUGACAGCUGUAUUUAUGAUGUGUGUCUCAAUGGAGGAGCCAAGAACAUCCUUUGCCAGGCCUUGGAGGCCUAUGCUAAAACCUGUAGGAAAGAGGGUGCCACCAUAUAUGAUUGGAGGACAGCCUCUGGCUGUGGUGAGUGCUCUUCCCCACUUUGGAACUAAGCCAAGUUUUACUGCCUGUGCAACUUUCACAUGACUCCGAGCUUUGCAAGUAAACUCUUUUUAAAACUUCUCAAAUGUGGGGUCUUUUUCCUAUGCUGGUGGAAGAGGGAAAUAAACUUGGGGGUGGGGGUUGGAACUCACUUGGAGGAGCACAUUUAAAAGUGUUUAUAGCCUAUAUUUUCACAUUUGGCGUUGCUGCAUGUUUUGUGGUUUUAAAUCUCUGCUAGGGUUCUCUCACCAAAGAAUACUUGCUCCCAACUUGGAUCUUGUGACCCAAGAAUUCAUUCUUAAACACACACACACACACACACACACACACACACACUGUAUAUGACAUGUACAAUAUUAGCAGCAUCAGCUCUUGCCAACUUAAGCUUUAGCACGUUCUAUCAGUUGUUAGACUCCCGCUGUUCUUCUCCUCCUUACAGCCUUGCCGUGCCCUCAGAAUAGCCACUAUGAGUUCUGUGGCAAUGCCUGCCCUGCCAGCUGCGCCGACCGCAAGGCUCCCUCUGCCUGCAAACAGCCAUGUGUGGAAACCUGCCAGUGCAACGAUGGCUACGUCCUCAGCGUAGACAAGUGUGUGCCUGUCGGGAGCUGUGGCUGCACCUUCAAUGGGCUCUACUACAAACCCGGAGAAGAAUUCUGGGCUGAUGAGACCUGUGGUUCCCACUGCACAUGUGAUGCCACCCUGGGCAUUGCAGUGUGCAAACCAGCUGGCUGCAAAGCCAGUGAGCAGUGCAUUCUGGUCAAUGGGGUCCGAGGUUGUCAUCCCGUAAGCACUGCUACUUGCUCAGCAUCCGGGGACCCUCAUUAUACCACCUUUGAUGGGAAGAAAUAUGACUUCAUGGGCACCUGCGUCUACCAGCUGGCUGGGCUGUGCUCUAAGGACCCAACUCUCAGGCCUUUCACUGUCAAUGUGGAGAACAACAACCGAGGCAAUGAAAAGGUGUCCUACACCAAGGUGGUGACAUUGGAGGUCUACAAUGUCGUAAUCACACUUAGCCAGGAGUAUCCACGCAGGAUCCAGGUAUAGACAAUUGGUGAAUGUAUGGUUGUUUUCCCCCUUUGUGCCAUUACAGGGCUGUUUCAGAGGGUGGCUCUUGGGCAGGGUACCUUGCUAGUUUUCUAAGUAAGCAUUGAAGCAGUUCCUGCAUUAGACAUAGGGGAUGGUUUAUCUGUGACAAAUGGCACUAUACCCCAUUGGACUUUGUAAUUUGAACUACAGGGUCUGUUGACAUGCAAAGUAUAGAUGAGGUAAGCUCGAGGUGCUGCAAAAUUCGGCAUUAGAUAUGUGCUGUUGAUGGCAACAAGAGUUGUCAGAUCCAGCUCCUAAGUAUGGGACAAGUAUGGUUUGUGAGCAGUGAGGGCAGGGCCCCCAGCUGCCUAGAACAAUGAGUUUAUCUAAUCCAGAAACUAUUAUGGGAGCAUAGGACAAUGAUUAGAUUUUUCACUGGCCCUUUUCUCAUAAGUUGGGUUACAACAACAUAAAACUACAAUAUUAAAAAGAGUUAAAACAAUUUAUAGUCAGAUGAAAAAAUCAAAUCUUUAAAAUACACAUCCAUCGCGCGCUUUCUCUCUCUCUAUAUAUAUAUGGUUAAGAGAUGUGUUUUCAGCACAUGACAAAAUCGAACUUACGAAUGUGCCAAAUGAAGCUCAGCAGGGAGGGAAUUUCACAGCUUAAGGGCUACCACAGAGAAUUCCUGCUCCCAGAUCCCAUCCACCCACAAACUACCAAUCUUAACAUCUGAGAGGGUCUGUAGGGAAUGAGUUGGUCUUCCCAGAUUGGGGAUAGUACUGUCUACCAACAACCCUGUUGCCCAGCAAUACCACCGAUCAGGCUGGGCAGGGUCAUUUCUGUGAUAUUGUUGGAGGACCCCAGGAGAAUAAUCCUAGGUGAUUUCAAUAUCCAUGUGGAGGCUGCUGUUGGGCCAACUCAAAAGUACUUGGCCUCCAAGGAAUGGGAAUUGGGGGUUCUGUGUUACAGUGGUGCCAAUUUUACCUCCAGGACUAAAUUGGGACAGUGCUUUUUGGCCCUCCAGUAACUAUGUUAUGGGAUGCUGCAGGGCACUAUUUUAUCUCCAGUGCUAUUUAAUAUGUAUCUAAAGCCACUGAGAGUGAUCAUUAGGAGUUUGGGGGCAAGGUGCCAUCUGUUUGUUGAUGAUACUAUGCACUAUUUUUUCAGAACAUGUGAAUCAGGAGAAACCUUAUAGUCUUUAUGUUAUAUGCUUCUUCUUCAUUAAUUUCAAUGGGUCUAUCUCUCUAAAACUAAUAUUGGACACAACCACUUGGCAAGAGCAGUGGUAACAAUUCCUACUGCAUCACAUUCUAGGUUAAUGAAGUCUAUGUGAACCUGCCUUUCUACCACGAAGACAAGAUAAAGGCUUAUAUCAGUGGGAGUGAGGUCUUCAUCAAGACUGACUUUGACCUGACAGUAACCUUUGACUGGAACAGCUAUGUCAAAGUCAUUGUACCCAGUACAUAUGCCAAUGCUGUUUGUGGCCUCUGUGGCAACAACAACUUGAACCCCAGUGAUGACAUGACCAUGAAGGAUGGGAGACAAGCACCUAGCAUAUUCCAUUUUGCAGAGAGCUGGAAGGUGGCAGAAGUCCCAGGUUGUUCGCAGGGUUGCACCACCGAUUGCCCGCCAUGUGGAGAGGCACAGAAACAAGCUUAUAAGAGCAACCAAUACUGUGGGAUCCUCAUCAAGAGGGAUGGGCCUUUCAGGCACUGCCAUGAGAUCAUCGACCCAACGCCCUACUUCAAUGAUUGCAUCUUUGAUGUCUGCCAGUAUCAUGGCCUACACAACAUUCUGUGCAAUGCCAUCGGCUUUUACGGGGCAGCCUGUCAGGAUCUGGACAUUGAGCUUGAAGAAUGGAGAUCAGAGUCUUUCUGCAGUAAGUAUUGCCUCUUGAAGCUGUUUUAGCAGAGGAACAUAAGCAGUAACUUGACACCUGUUCAGAUCAUCUACUGUUGACAUUGACAUUGACACUGACAUUGACAUUGGCUCUCCAGACUCUCAGUUAUGGACAUUAUCCGAGUCAUACUUGGAGAUGCCAGGGAUUAAGCCUGGGACCUUUUGUACGAAAAACGUGCUGUUUACCAGUGAGCUAAUCCUCUUCCCUUACAAUGUUCUGCCCCAAGGAUAUGCAUGCCAUAUGUUGCGGGCUUAUGGUAUAUGGAAAUACAAUUUAAUCUGAUGGCAACCUUUGCUAACAUCUGCUGUAACCAGCAGAUGUCACUCCAUAAACAUACUUUAUAACAGAGCACAGCAGACCUAUUCUACUCCAGGUGACCAAAGAACCAGCCAUCCUCCGAAAGAACUUCUAUACUAGCUUGAAAUUCACCACUUUCUGAUUUUGUCCUUUCUUCCAGGCCCUGCCUGCCCACUCAACUCUCACUACGAGCUCUGUGGAAAUGGCUGCCCUGCCACUUGCCGUGGUCUCUCGGCUCCUGAUGGGUGUGAAAUGACCUGCAAAGAAGGAUGCUAUUGCAAUCCAGGGUUCGUCUUCAGUGGGGACCAGUGUGUCCCUAUUGGGAAUUGUGGCUGUGAGCACGGGGGGAACUACUACAAGAAGGGAGAGGUGUUCUACCCCAGUUCAUCCUGCCAGGAACAAUGCCAAUGUACAGACAAUGGAGUUGUCAUAUGCCAGGAAAUCUCUUGUGGGCCCCAUGAGGAAUGCAGGGUGAAGGACGGUCUCCAAGGCUGUCAUCCUGUAGGGUCUGGUACUUGCAGUUUGUCCGCAGGCUCCCACUACUUAACUUUUGAUGGACGGGCCUAUGACUUCCAAGGAACCUGCACUUAUACUUUAGCUAAAGUCCAAGGAGAGGAUGCUCAGCUGGCAAACUUUGCUGUGUCAGUGGAAAAUGAAAGGUCACUGACUAAGAUGAUUGUAGUCUCUUUUCAUGGAUACACCGCUGUCAUUGAGAAGGCAACAAACUGGAAGCUCAAGGUAUGUCUCUCUGAAGUAGAAAUGCCACCAUAGUUCACCCACAAUUCCUACAACUGCAGGAGUCCUUGGGAGUAUUUCAUCUCCCACUGUCCCUUGUGCUCCAUCACUGGGAAUGGACGAAUCUGACAAUUUUUGUUUCUCUCAAUUUCACAUUUUUCCAGUACUGAAUUCAGCUCUCCAGAUUUCUGUGGCAAUUCGCAAUUGUUUUUUUCCUUAACCCUCCUGCUUUUAAGUGCAAAUUUCUCCUAACAACCCUCCCCUUUUUUUACCGCUUAAAGAUUUGCUGAAACAUUAAGCAGUUUAUAAAAGCUAUAAACAAACAAAUAAAUAAAUGAUGGACACAUUUUUGAAAGCAAUUUUCUCUACUAUAAUGCAUUUCUAUUUGUCAUUUUCACCAACAUGUGGAUUUCAAUGUACAUCUCCAAAUAUAUGCAUUUUUGUCCACUUUUGGGGUUGGAAAACUGCAAUGCAGUUUUGGAGAAGUUAGAAUUUUGGUGGUUUUUAAGUAGAUUUGUCACCCUGGGGAGACAGGGUGGUUUAAUCCUGUUCGAUUGCAUAAACCUGCAUUUCUGGUAUGUGCAUGAAUUCCUCCCACAAAACAGGAGCAAUUUAGAGGCAUCUUUCAUCUGUAACCUGCUUUGGGAGGAAUUUCCACCUGAAAUGGAGUCCAAAACACCAUUGAAGAAACAUUAAUAAUUAUUAUCAUUUUAAACUGUCACCUUCUCUGUGGUUAAUGCAGGUGGAUGGAGAGCUCUAUACGCUGCCCAUGAAGACAAAGGAUGGGAAACUCUGGGCCAACCAGGAAGGAAACAAUAUCAUUGUCCAGUCUGACUUUGGUCUCCAAGUCCUUUUUGACACCUCCUCUUAUGUCCUGGUGUCUGUCCCCAGUAACUACCAAGGACUUGUCAAUGGCCUAUGUGGCAAUUUCAAUAAGGACAAGACUGAUGACUUUAUUCUGCCUACCAGGAAAAGCACCCAGAAUGUGGAAGAGUUUGGGGCCUCUUGGAAGGUUCCCAUUGAUGGUGUCAGAUGCUCCGAUGGCUGUGGAGAUAAAUGCCCCGUCUGUGAUGCAGCCAAGACAGCGCCGUACCAACCAGAGAGUUCCUGCGGAAUGAUCCAAGCCCAAUCCGGCCCCUUCAGGAGCUGUCACUCCUUGGUAGACCCUGCUGAAUACUUCAACCACUGUCUGUAUGACAUGUGUGCAGCCAAUGGUGCAGGAGAAACUCUCUGUAGGAGUAUUCAGGCUUACGUAGCUGCAUGUCAGGCUGCAGGAGUUACAAUUGGAGCCUGGAGAACAAACAGCUUCUGCUGUAAGUUUGCACAGCAGGAACCCACAGUUACGUCUUCUAAUCUUCUGCUGCUCCUUCCAGGACCUAAUCAAUAGAAUCAUUAAUAAUAAUAUUAAUAGUUUAUGCCAGUUAAAAACAUGGAAUAGGCCUUUAAUUAACUUUUAUUAUAAUUCCCCCCCGUACUGUGCAUCCAAAUGAAUAUGGAUGAAAUGCUUUCCUAACCCCUUCUAUAAUUAAAAAUAGUUAGCCAAUACACCAUCCCUGCCUGGACUGCUUUUGACUCCUUCAAUCACUGAUCUUCACUCUCAUUUUCAGCCCUCACUUGCCCACCCAAUAGCCAUUACAAGUUGUGUACAAGGACCUGUGAUUCCACCUGCACCAGCUUAUCCACUCUGCCCCGGUGCACCCAGAAUUGCUUCGAAGGCUGCCAGUGUGACGGCGGCUACCUGUUUGACGGUGACAGAUGUGUGGCAAUGGGGAACUGUGGCUGCGUGCAUGACGGACGCUACAUCAAGGUAACUGCAACAGCUGUGAAAACAGCGAUGUUUGCACAUUCACUUGUGCCUCUUGUAAGUCAGCCUGCAAGGCCUCAUGUUUUUCAUGAAUGGACCCCAGAGGAAGCAGUGCAUGAUCAAGAGAAAAAAAGAUUCCACAAGGAGAGAGCCAUCACGGAAAAAUACCCUUCUCAUAUUGCCAUCCUCUACUGGAUGACGACUCAUGAAAGUCACUUGUCCACCAAUGAACAGAGUUUCCUUUUGGGAACAAGUGAAUUAGCAAUAGGAUUGUUUUAGACUGAGUCCAGACCUGCAAACAACAUUUGUAGAGGUGGGGUUAGUGUGUUUUUUUACUCUAUUUUGGACUCUGAAAGCCAGAAAGAUCUGAAAAGUUUAUUGGAAGUGGUAUACUGCUGCUGAUGUUAGUGUUGGUAUCAGGGUUGGUUAUAUUAGUCUAUUUUUGGCUCUGUUUCACAUGCAUCGAUUCAUAAUUCAUAAUUCUAUUCCGUGCCCUUACUGCAUUAAUCCCCAAUUUUGUUUAUUUGUAUUGGCACAAAAUAUUUAAAUAUGUCCUUCAUGCACAUUUUACUGUUUUCCCCACACAAAAUUCAUGGAUGACAGAAAGGCCAUUGCUUCUAUGCUAUCAUACAAUUACAUUCAGGAUCUUGCUCUCAUUUUAUAUCUUUGUGAAUUAAUAGUUUAACAAAACAAAACAAACCUUCAUAUGUUGAUACAUGUACUGGCAUAUUCAACCCCCCUUCCUUUUAUUCCUUUAUUCUAGGAGUAGCAAUAUGAUGCUCUCCAGAUAUCGUUGGACUACAAUUCCCAUCAUUUCUGACUGUUGACCAUGCAGGCUGGUGGUGAUGGGAGUUUGGGGGGAGGGUCCAACAACAUCUUGAGGGCACCAUGUUGGCUAUCCAUGCUUUAGACAUAGCAGGGUAUGUUCAUGGAAGCUAUAAACCUCGCUGACAAUUAAGAAACAUUUUCAAAGGCUUGGAAGGAUAGCUAUAAACUGAAUAAGAAUGAAUUAGCUAGGAGAUUAUGGGAAAAGGUGGCAUUUAUCAAACUGACAAUAGUGUUAAAGAAAUAUGGAAAUUAUAAAGAAAAAUGACACAGCUGGAAGCCGGUGGUGCAAUAUAUAUAUAUAUAAAAAGAGAACUUGGAAUAAUUGUCAUACUAAUAUAGUAUGAAUGAAUAUAUUAAAGUAUAAAAUGUGACCUAUUGUGCUAUUGAUUUAUCAACUAUGUAGCACUGGUGUACUAGAUUAUAGUUGUAUAGAGGUAUUUCUAAGUACACAGUUGUAUAUGUUGAAUGUCUGUUUCUAUAUGAUUUCUUUUUUAUCUUAUUAAAAAUAAUUAAAGUUUGCAUUUAAAUUUUAACUUUUUCUACUCUUCUCUCUCUCUCUCUCUCUCCCCCUCCCUCACUCCCUCCCUUUGUGGGCUGUAAAUCAACCAGGCUGGAGAGAAUAUUGUCUUAGACAACUGCUUGAAAAAAUGCACCUGUAGCCCAUCCGGCCGACUGGUUUGUGCAGAAAACAGUUGUCAGGAAGGAGAGAUUUGUGCCCUCCACAACGGUGUGCGUGGCUGCAUAAGAGAAAAUGGCGAGUGCGUCCUCACCCCUGGAGCACAGCUGACCUCCUUUGAUGGAGCCUCAGGGGAAAUUCCCAACCUAGGAGCUUAUGAGGUUACAUCCCUCUGCAACGACAACGACCCCUUUUGGUUCAGGAUUGUAGCAGUUGUCCAGGAACACAACGGUUCGAAUUUGCCAGCUGCAACAACAAUACAUGCAUUUUUCAAAGGGAUGUAUUUUAUCACUGUAAAAAUGAACAAGGAGACACGGGUAAGAUCCUCGGGCAAGUUCUCAGAUUUCAUCCAAUGGCAUAUUUGCAUAAUGAUUAAACUAUCUCCGUUAAUUUCAAGACGUCUGCUCUGUGUAGACAUGAGUUGGACACAAGCCCUUAUUUAUCUGUUUGUUUAUUUUCGGCAUUUGUAUGCUGGCCCAAUGCAAUAGCUUGCCAAGCUCUCACCCACAGGGCAAAAGGGUUUCCCCAUUUUAAAAAAGCAACUAGCUAUCCAGGCCAAUAGUCGGUGCUGUUGGGAAUUGUUGCUCAGGUACAUUCAGAGAUUACCAGGUUGGCUACCCCUGAUCUAAAGGUAGGGAACCUGAGCCCAAGAGCCAAUGUGGUCCUCUGAGCCUUUCUGUCUGACUCUCAGGACUUUCCCCUGGACCUUCCCCUUCCCAGGCCAUACCCCUUGAGGUGUGAAAAUACCUCCUGGUUGCCUGGAUGGAUGAGAGAGUCCUAUGUGUUUAGAAGCCUGACUUUUGUGACUCAGUUCAAACCCGGAAAUGCCGGAGAGAGUUGGAGAGUCCUUGCGACUUGUGAGGAGACCAUCCCCGGAGCCCAAAGAGGACUUCAGUGAGGGCUAAGGAAGGCCCAAAGAGACCGAAGGCAUAACAGGGCUUUGUUUAGGCUGUUCAGCCUCCCUGCCGAACAUCUGACAUGUGAGGUAGCGCACUUUCCCGCAUGUCCUCCAGCCUCCUGCUGGCCCCAGAGCUUCAACACUAGUUGUGCAUAUUUCUGGAUACAGCUAUUUUGGUAUGGAUUGGAGAGAGAACGGCAGAGAGGGCAUUGAAAGGGUGUUUAUUUAUUUUUAUUUUAUUUAUUUAUUAAAUUUCUAUACACUGUCCUACUUCCGUAGAUUUCAGGGUGCUUCACGACAUAAAAUUGCAAUAUAAAAAAGACAAAACACACGAUAGAAAUAAGAACAGAAACAAACCAAUAAUCGUCCCCCCCUCUCUAUUCCACAACACAUUUAAAAGGGCAUCGGGUGUCAAUCAGCCAAAGGCUUGGUUUAAGAGGAAUGUUUUCUCCUGGUGUCUAAAGGUGUGUAAGGAAGGCACCAGGUGAUCCUCGCUGGAGAGAGCAUUCCACAAAUGGGGAGCCACUGCAAAAAAAGGCCCAUUCUCAUGUCGCCACCCCCUGGACCUCUUGUAGAGGAGGCACAUGAAGAAAGGGCUCAGAGGAUGAUCAUAUGGAGAGAGGCGGUCCUUGAAGUAUUGCAGUCCUGAUCAGUUUAAGGUUGCUCCCCAUUUUGUGUGAUUUCACUUAUGUGCACUGAGCCCUAGAAGGUAACCCCUGAGUAGGGGGACACCUAUUCUAGCUCAGCACCUUUCACCCUCUUUUCUGCAUUUCAGGUAAAUGGGCGCCAAAGGACACUCCCAGUGAAGUUUUCUGAAGAUGUCUCUAUAAGCCUCUCUCAGGAUGUGAUUGUGAUUAAAUUAGCCUCUGUAGUAAAAGUUCUCCUUGAACCCAAUGGGGAAAUGAAAGUGCAAAUCAGUAAAAGCCUGGAAGGAAAAGUCUGUGCCUCCUGCGGGAACUUCAAUGGAAAUGGUGCUGAUGAUCUGAAGUUGCCCAAUGGGAAGAUAGCAGGAAAUAUGGCUGAGGUCAUUGAUGCCUGGAAAGCUGAGGACUUCUCUGGCAGGUGAGCAAUUCUGGGAAAGGUCUUUGCCUAAAGACGACAUGGGGUAAAACAGGCACAUUACAGCAUACUCCUCUUGGUGUUGGAGGAGGAAAUCAGGGAACCAGCAAACAAUUUUCCAGAUCAGAACACAGCCUUGACCAAAUUAGGCUGGGGCGCUGGGAAGGAAAAAGGACAGCCAGGCAGCCUCUGCAAAGAGCAAAAUAGGGCUGUUUGCAAAAGGGCUUUCAAACAGCCCUGCAUUGCACUUGGGCUGCACAUACCUGUUCCUAGCAGGGGAACACAAUCACACAGUCAAAUUCUACAGGACUGAAUUCUCCACUUACCGGCUGGUGAGCAGAGGAUGAAAUCCUGCUGGCUGCCCAGGACUGCUUCAAAACAUGUUACCCGCAGGCACUACACUGGGGAAGCUUAUCCCAGCAGUAUUGAAAGAGGGGUUGCCAGCACUGCAGAGGUCCCAAGGUAGGAAGAAGAGAGUUAGCCCUGUGACUAGUGGGGUAGAGAGGAGGAGAGAGAUACUGGCUACUGCCCCUGUGUUGUGCCAGCAUUGGUGGUUGGAAGGUUUCUCACUGCCAGCAGUUAUGGUUUCCACAGUGAUGCUGAUGGCUGAUGGAGGAGUCAAUUUGGGAGGUGAUAGUGAGUGAGGUAGGGCUGGCUCAGGCAACUUCUCUCCAUAAAUGCAGGUGGCAGUGAUUGCAGCAAGUGAGAUCAGCCUGGAGUGGGACAUUGUUGUCAGUGGCAAGGGUGGCUGGGACCUGUACUCCAAUGAUCUGAGAUACAUUGGGGGCAAUGAUGCAGGAGGAGGAAGGGGAAAGAGGGUAUGGUUAGCAGGCAUGUCAUGCUGGUCGAGCACAUGCUAUGGCAGUGCAGGAGCAGCCCACCAAUGGUGCAACACUGCUGGCUGCAAGAAUCUGCUUUACCGUCAUGCUCUGUGUAGAGAACAUGCUUGCAAGGCAACGCACAGCAGGACUGAGACUUUCUGUUUUCUGCAGUGUGGUUGAGGGACAACGACACAGCACUUCCUUCCCUUGCCCCUUUCCCAAUCAUAUAGGGUUCAAAAAACUAUAAAUUGCAUUAGCCCCAUCCCUCAAAUUGUUCAUGGUUGGGCAUUCCAUGAGUCGUUCAGGGUUGAGUUGGGGAAGGAGGGCAGGCACAGCCCUCAAAAUGAACAAAUGACACUAUCCAUUUCUAUAUCUCCGUAUUUUUUUGGUUUCUUAGGAUUCCUGAGCAAUAGCGGGCACUUUCUGCUAGUGUUAAAAAAAUAUCUACAGUGGGGCGGGAAGUCUUGUGAAGAUUCUCACAGAGUCAUAAACAAGCUCACAUUACAUUCUUCACAAUCUUAUUUUACAGGGAUGUCUAAAAGCUGUCUGAGCCAAAGUGGAACCCUCUCUUUUCUGCUCAAUCAUCAGUGGCAACUAUUCACAUGCAAGUUCUUGAGCAACAUUCUUCUGUGCAUAACAUCCCACCUGCAAAACAUUUUCAUAUUGCUCAAACCUCUAUCAAUAUGACUCUGAUUACAAAAAAGAUGAUGACACUUUCCCCUAAGAAUCAAUAAAUCCUUUGGGUGUGGGAACUUCUCAGGACUGACAUUACUUUGUUCAGCAUGAUUUUAGCUCUGUGGAUAUGCAAAACAAAACAACAAAAAAACCUGUGGGGUGCGGGAAGCUCUAAUAAUGGUUAUAUUCAAGCAAGAAGUCAAGGAAACAAUAUGGUCUAGAGUGGUAUCCAGAUGAUGGGUCCCAAGAUGUUGUUGGAUCACAGUUUGCAUCAUCCCUGACCAUUAGUUAAGCUAACUGAGGAUGGUGGGUGUUGCUACUCAAGACUCUCUGGGGGCAAAGAAUGCUGAAUUUCCUUCUAGACUCCAAAUUGUGCAUCAGAGUACUAAAGGUAUGGACUUGGUACUCGUCCUCACCUAAGAAGAGCUCUGUUGGAUCAGACCAAAGUCCUCUAGUCUGCAUUCUAUUCUUACAAUUGCUAAGUAGAUGAUCGUGAGGGCAGUAGCUUUCUUCUACUAGUUCUUCUGGUAUUCAGAGGCACGUUUACAUCAUAGAUUGUGAGGAUUAUAUAAAUCAAGGUUCAUAUUAUGUGUAACACAGCCAGAUUUCAAAGCGUUCUUCUUUGAUUUAUUCCACAGAAGUAGAGAACAGGAGCAAGACAACUGGCUUUAGGAGACACUUUGUCAUCGUCCUGGGUUGGCUGGGCUGCCAUCUGAUAUUAGAGGUCCUCAGGGCCGGCUCCAGACAUUUUGGCACACCACCCCAAUUGUAGUUUGUUAAGGGUGCUUAUAUGCAUACUGUUGAGGCUCAUCACGUGCCCCCAACCCAGAUGCUGAUCCUCACUCCUCCCUUCUUCCUGAUGCUGAUCUUCACUUGGGAAAUAUGGAAAUGAGGGGCAUGUAGAUCAGCAUCAGAAAUGGGAGGAAGGAAGACAUACAAUGAUAUCAGACAACAAAAGAAAAGUCCCUAGGGUAUACAGCAAAUGAUGGAUUUGUUAAAUGUUUAUUUUCUCUUAUUAAAAAAAUAUAUAUGUGUAGACAGACAAAUAUUUUGUCUAACACAGUCAGCUAACACAGGAUAAGUUCCUGCUUAAUGUAAUGUAAAUAAUUGCAAUGUAAACUUACCUAGUGUCUUAACAGCAGUGUAAAUUCCGGAGCCGGGUGCCAAGAUUAGGUUCCAGUUAGACUGAUAGUCCAAGAUGAGUUCCUAUGUCAAUCCAUCCUCCUCUGAGUAAAUUAAAUAUAGUUCCUUUACUUUGUUUGUCCUGCAGCAAAGCUGCAUUAUACUGAAUCAGACCAUCUGGUCCAUCUAAAUUAGUAUUGUCUACUCCAGGGAUGGGUAACCUCUGGCCAAUGCACCAAAUUUGGCCUAGCAGGAGUCCCAGUUUGGCCCAUGAGUCCAUUUCUCACAAACCAUGCCCACCUGCCCCACACUUGACGACAUAUGGGUUGUCAGGUGUGUGGCAUGUACUGGCCUGGCUAUAAAGCAACAAUCUGGCCCAACUACACUCUAGUGGGUUCCCAUCCUCCAUGGGUGGGUACUGGUGGGCUUACCCAGCAGCAGUGAUAAGGAUCAUUAAUCUUGAUCAAGGUCAUUAAUCAUUAAAAAAGGUCAUUAAAAAAAUGCAGGGUUUUUUGGAGCCGCGAUCUUGCAUGGCACACCCAAACACAUUUUUGGGCACCAUGCCCAAAAAAGUGGUGGGGGGGGUCUGUGGCACAAAAUUGCGGCAACCAAAAUGUUUGUUGAGCUCUCACAAUAAAAAACAGGAAGGUGGCAGCCCGGAUUUUGGCGUCAAAGUGUUGGAGGGUAUGCUGAAACUGAUGCCAAUGUGUAAUUCAAUAUUGCUUCAGGAAGCCCCACCCAGCCUGAUUCAACUGUGGCAUCAAAAUCAGCAUUGAUCUGAGCGAUUUCCUCCUCCAAAUGAUUUGCAGAUGUUUUGCAACUAGCUACGGAGUGGUCCAUUGUUAAUGAUGGAAUAUUGGCCUAGACCAGCCAGUUUAACACUCUGAACUGCUCAGUUACAAUUGCAAACAUUUCUGCCUACUGAGCAUGCUGGUUGGGAACAAUGGGACAGUAUCAGCAAAGCUCAGAUGCUGACAGGAGGAGAAGAAGCAGGCACAGGGAGAGGACAAUUAACAGCAGAAAGCAGAGAGGAGGGGGAGAGCAGCUGUAAUCUGAGCUCUGACCAAAGGGACAGACAGAUGUGUUAGAACUACUACGAUAGUGGGCAAGAUGUUGGAAUGCAGGAAAUACACUCUGCCAAAUCUCACAGGAUUUCAAAAGUGGCAGAGAUGUGUGAAAGACCGGAAGAGAAGGUGGGGGCUUCCGUUCUGGGGAAGGGGGAGGAGCUCAGUCUGGGCAACUCCAUCUUCUGGGGAGGACAAUGAGUAGAGGA